ACUUGGAACAACUAGCACUUUGUGUUUAGUUGAAGUGUAAGCUUUCUAAUGAACCAGUUGCCAAAAGUUAAAAGUGAAUUUAAAGCGAAAUAAAUUUACGGAAUGUUUCAUACGCGGAUAGAACCGGCAACCGGCAACCUCGAGGAAACGACCGAGUAGUGAAUUUUCUGUCAGGGAAAAGAGCCGGAAUCAGACCUCUGCCGGCAUUUGUAGUGUUCAGACGGGCCGCCGCUCCAACCCGAACUUUUCGAACGUCUUUUUGCUGAGACUUUACUCCUUGUUCUAAGUUUUUUUAGAAUGUAUACAAAGUUGACCGUGCAAAUUAAGAAGAGUGCUGUCGUACUGAAAGUUUUUAUUGCCGUGUCAACAGACAUUUCGUUCGUGCUCCAUAUUCCGUGCGUGAGAAAAAAACUGUUCAAUUGAAUUUUUUUCUUUUUUUUUUUGGAACAUUUAAGUGCUUUUUUUUGGUUGUUCUACCUCAGGAAUUAAUAGCAGCUGCCGGAUCGUAUCUCCCGAAAAAGGAAGCGAAAAGGGAGUUAUCUACCCAGGGCAAAUUGUGAUAUUAGAUUUUAUAUUAUAUAGAGCACCUCCUAGACUAAUAGAAGAAAAAAAAUUAGAUUUAUUACUAGUAAUAUGAUGAUAGAAAAAAUGUCUGAAUCAAUAUUCGAGUCAACGCUACCGAUGACUGUUGAACAGUUCGGUACGUCGCCUCUAAUAAACUACCCGUUGACUUUGAACGACGAAAUCAGAGUCGAAGAAGACUCGUUCCUAGCCGACGACCAUUGGAAAAAAUUCGAACUCGAUUUUCCCGAAUUGUCCGACAUCGACGACAUAUUCAAAGAACUAGACAACGGCGGAAGUUUCAACAGCUGGCAAUGGACCAACGAAGAGGCCAAAGAAGACGUGUUUUUAAACCACGAUUGCAUGUGGGCCGGCCAUUGCGGCAGCAAAGAACACUCUGAAGAAGCGAAAUUGCUCAGCUGCAUGGCACCGCCUCAACCUCCUAUAAUUAAACAAGAAAUGUGCCCGCCACCACCGGUCAAUCCAAAAACAUCUACCAAUCAACAAAGCUUAUUGAAACCUUCAGUUAAAGCUAUGAAUUCCACGUUUGUGCCAGCCAAUAUGCUGCAACACACCCCACAAACACCACCGGAAUCCGAUGAUGAAGAAAACAAAGCUUCAAACAGCUUAUUGAAAAUCUUAAAUGAUGCCAUUAAUGAGUGCGAUUUGGACGAGGACAGCGAUUUGACCGAGUAUUUCGAAGGCAAAGAGGUGGAAGUCAAAGAGGAACCAGCUGAUGACACAGAAGUUGUCCUAGUCGAAAAGGUAGAUCAAGAAGAAGAAGAAGAGGAUGAAGAAGAACAAGAGGACACUGAAUCCGAUGAGCCAGAGCAAGAGCAAAUGGAUUACGAGGCUUUUAGGCUGCGCACUCAAAUGGCUGCUGAAAACGAUCACAGCUAUUACAAGGACAAAGAUUCCGCCAUGAUGCUACAUAGCAACUAUGGAUUGGAUACUCCUUCUGAUUCAGAAGACGAUGAGGAAAUCGACGUCGUAUCCGUAUCAGAAAAAUACACAAACACCGCUCGCAUCGCCCUAUCGAUGCCCACCAAUCCCUCUUCGAGAGACAAACACCAACUACAAAGAAGAGUGGCGACCGCAAUGUCGCGCCAACGCAUCAACACCGGCAUCAAAACGAUAUUGCCGGUCGUCAGAAAUCCGGAGCCGCAACCGUCAAAACCUACGUCAAAUAGACGCGGCGUCAAACGCGGCAGAAACGGCCGUAACAGCGGCGGCUACAAACGCCGAAGAACCGCCAACAAAGUUAUCGAAGAACACGAACCAGCCGACAAACGUCACUUGCACAACGACAUGGAAAGACAGCGGCGAGUCGAUUUGCGUAUUGCUUUUGAUAAUCUUAAGGCUGUUGUGCCUGAAGUUAGCGGUACCAAAAAGAUUGCUAAAGUUAACAUUUUGCUGCAAGCGUCUCAGUACUGCUACUAUUUGACUGGUUCCAAUGCUAACUAUACUAAGCAGUUGGAGGAUUUAAAGAAAAAGCAAGUUGAGCUUAGAGCCAAAGUGUCGCAGCUUAGAAGGAAUUUGGCUGCUAAUCGUUAAGGGAAUAGGUACUCGGAGGGGUAAAUCAAGAGGAAAUCUAAGGAAAUCAGGAGAAACCAUAAGGAAAUUAAGGGAAAUCUUAUGUACAAUCUGGUGUACAAAAACUGACCUGCUUUCUUGAAUUUUUUCGAAUUUCCUCCAAAUUAAGAGAAUUCAAGAGCCUGGAAUACAAAAAAUACUAAUAUUUCUACUUGUCAAUCAAUUUCUCCUCAAAUUUUUCUCAAUUUCCAAUUCUCAUUAUAUGUCUAUUCCCGGGUCUUGAAUUUCUUUAAAUUUCCCUAAAUUGAGUUAAUUCAAGAGCCUGGAAUAAACAAAUAAUUUUAUUUCUAUGUGUCAAACAAUUUCUUAAUUUCCUUUAAAAAGCUAAAAGCGGUCUUAGGGCUUAUUUUUCUGGGGGCCGGUUUCUCAAUAGGAAGUCACAUUCCAGGGUAAACAUCGAUACUGCAUACGUUUGCCAUGGAGUUAAAACUAACCCGGAGGUGACUCGCUAUUGAGAAACCGACCCUAAGCUGUAUAAAUAUAGCUUUGUUCUCGGAUCACAUUGGAACUAGUUCCAGGAUUCAGAAACCCGGUUCAGGAUUUCGUUUGGUUCAGAACCGAUUUUAGUUGAACUACAAACAAAGAACAUCAGAUCUUGGUUCUUGUUAAAUCAAAACUGGUAGAACUGAUUCAGAAUCGAUUCUAGUUCAACCUAUCUAGUAGGCCUUGGAAAUUUUCCCAUUUGACAGUGAAUUCGUAAUGGUGUCAAGAGACAAGUCGUAUUAAUUGUGUGUCACCCUAAUUUAUUCAAAAUAGUUGGGAUUUCGGGCCAAAUUAUUUGAAAAAAAAAAUAUAUAAUAUAUCAAUUUGAAUUUUGGCAGUGCGAAUUUGAAAAAUACAGUGAAGUAGGAAGUAAGGUAGGUACCGGGUGAUUGUCUAUAUUUUGCACCCACACUUAUCUCAUCUGUUUAAAAAGAUACCUAGAAAUGUCAAAUGUAAAAGUUGUAGGUAAUAUCAGAAAGUUUUCAAUGAUGUUACUUACAAAUAUACAGAAUAUGUUACUAAAGUGUGGCGAAACAAAGUUAUACUUUUUUAAAUGGAAAACCCUGUAUAUUAUUGUUCCAUUGGAUUAGUCUUUCAAAUCUGAUUUCAAAUAUACUAAGUUUUUUAAAUUUAUUCCUCAUAGUCCAGCCCAUUCAGAAGAAAUACUAUGAAUUUUUUACAUGAAUGAUAGUUUUAUAUUUUACUGGUGGUCUCUAUAUUUCACCUCCAUCCCUUUUUGUCCUAUUUGCUCUUGGACUAUUAGGAAUAAUCCUAGGAAACCUAGUACAUAUACAGGGUGACACAAGGAAUAGGGAACAGCAUAUAAUUUUUUUAAUAUAUAAGUUGAAAAUUUGAAAGUUGGGAAGCUUAAACGAGGCAACUUUUUGAGUUUUUUAGGAGUAAAUUGCGUUACCAGUCACUUCCGGUUAAACCCGCCAUAACUUUUGCUUUUUGAAUGGGACACCCGGUAUUUUAAAAGUUUUUUGGCAUCAGCAGAUCAUUUUAAGUAUGAUAGGAUCAUUUUUGGAAAUCUGCACGAGGUUUUCCAUUUAAAAAAGUAUAACUUUGCUUCGACACGUUUGUGACACACCCUGUAUACUUGUAACUAACAUCAUUGAAAACUUUCUGAUAUUAUCUACAACUUAUACAUUUGACAUUCCUGGGUAUCUCUUCAAACAGGUAAGAUAAGUGUGGGUGCAAAAUAUAGACAAUCACCCGGUACUUAUUGCAAUAAUGGGAUUCCCCUUUAAAAAAUUAUCAACAAUUAGUGCGCCACUGAUCGAGCUAAAGCUUGCUGAAGACAUUAAAUAAAAAGGCAAAAUUUCGCAUCAAAACACUUGUCUUGUCAGUAUGUAUGUACAGGGUCUGUUCCUCAUAAUUAGUGCAGCUCCUACAACCUAAACAAAAGAAAAUACAAAAAAAAGUUUAAUACAAAAGUUGUAGGGUUUUAUGUCUAUUAUGUUUUGCACAUGUCAUAAUGGGCUAAUGACAGGUGCCAACUGUCAUCAUGACAGCACUUGCAUUUUCUCAAAUAGAACACCCUGUAUAUUUUUGGCUAGAAUGAUAAAUUUUUUUCUCCUGAUUCCAAAUAUACCAUAUAUGUGAUAUUUGGUUCAGCUGUUUUUGCGCUAUUUCAUUUUAAAAUUGCAUUGAGCAAGCCUCAUCAUUGAUAUUAGAAACCGGGAACAGACCUAAUUUAGGGUAAUGUAAAUACAUUUUUAAACUGCUGAACUAAAUAUCAACAUAUAUGAUAUAUUUGAAAUCAGAAGAAAAAAGUCUAUCAUCCUAGCUAAAGAUAUACAGGGUGUUGUGUUAAAAAAAAUACAAGUGACAGUUGGCACCUGUCAUUUGCCCAUUUUGACAUGUACGAAAGAUAAUAGAGAUAAAACCCUACAACUUUUGUAUUUAACUUUUUUUUGUAUUUUCUUUUGUUUAAGUUGUAGGAGCCGCACUAAUUAUAAGGAACAGACCCUGUACAACCUUUAAAAAAUCUUAAUGAAUGAAGGAUCGGUACUUCCGAUAUUUCCACGAUUUUUUCGUUUUUCUUUCCAGCUUUCCUGAAGAACUGGUUUUCUUAAAAUCUUAGAUCUUGUCUUGGGUACUUAUUGAUUUUCACGUCAUAUGAGCUUUCAUAAUCUGAACCUUAUCUUGUGAAGUAGUUCCACCUCUUGACUGGUUCAAUGAAUAAGCAUUUUACAUUGAAUUGUAAUCAGUGUGAUCAAUGAUCACCACGUAACAUCUUCCUUUUUUAAUCAUACAUUUUUGGCCUUUGUUAAACUUAAUUCUACAAUAAAAGGGGUUAAUAAACCCUUCAGGUUAACCACAAGGGAAAUUUGGUAUACAAAUUUGGGGAAAUUAACAGAAAAUUUAAGGUAAUCAGGAAAAAUCAUAAGGAAAUCAAGGGAAAUCUUAAAAGCUCAAGAGAAUUUCAAGCAAUGUUGCAACAUUGCACAAUCAUUUUAUCAAGGGUAUAGUGUGGGUCAAAGGGAUUUUCUCUAGAUUUAGGGAAAUAAGAGCAAAUGAAGAACAAGAUCUAUCUCCUUUUGUUUAAGGCACAUUUACUACUAAUAUACGUCAAAUAUUCUUACAUUAAAUUGUGGUUACCUAUGCCUUAUGAUAUCGUAACGGAUUUUUCGAGGAGAAUACUUUGACGUGACAUUGAUCAGUAUGAAUUGGGCUUAAAGGGUUUUAUAUGCGGUAAAACGCAAUUUUAGGAUAAAAAGAGUCAAUAAACCCUUCAGGGGAAAUUAACAGGCAAUCUAAGAUAAACAGGAAAAAUCAUAAGGCAGUCAUGAGGAAAAUCUUAAGAGAAUUUGAAGCAAUAUGUCAACAUUUGCACAAUCAUUUCAUCAAGGGUAUAGUGUGGGUCAAAUGGAUUUUCUCUAGAUUUAGGGAAAUAAGAGCAAAUGAAAAACAAGAUCUGUCUCCUUUUCUUCAAGGCACCUUUACUAUAUACGUCAAUAACACGUCAAAUAUUCUUACAUUGAAUUGUGGUCACACUAUACCUUAUGGCUUUGUAACGGAUUUUUCAAGAAUACUUUGACGUGACGUUGACUAGUACGUAUAGUAUGAUUUUGGCUUAAAGGGUUUUAUAUGCGGUAAAAUGCAAUUUUACAAUAAAAAUAAAGGGGUCAAUAAACCCUUCAGAUCUCAACCACAAGGGAAAUGUGGUAUGUAUACAAAUUAGGGGAAAUUAACAAGAAAUCUAAAGUAAUCAGGCGAAAUCAUAAGGAAGUCAUGAGGAAUCAAGAAUUUUUAAGGAAAUCAUGGGAAAUCUUAAGGAAUUCAGUUAAUUUCUAUAGGGCGAUUCGGUUUGAGGUUACAGUUUAAAUAUUGCAAUACUGGUUUGCUAACAGCCAUGUAUUACUGAAAUUUGACAUGAUUGUGUUAUAAGUGAGUAUUAAUAACUGUGAAUAUGGGAAUAGUACAGUAUGUCCACUUGAGUUCCCAGCAUAUGGGAAACUUUUUUAUUAUCAAAGUUAUUCUUUAUAAAAGUUUCUGCUUCUUGAAAAAAUACUAUUAAAUUAUUGAAACUUGAAAUAGCAUGUACAGGGUGGUCAAAAAAUUUAAAAAAUAUACAGGGUGUUUCCGAAGUACGGUUCGCAACUUCAGGAUGUGAUUCCUUACAUUAUUUUAAGAAAAAAAGUUCCCAUAAACAUGUGUCCGGAAAUGCGUAGUUUCUGAGAUACACAGUGUCAAAAUUUUAGAAAAAAUCGUUUUUCUAGCUCAAAAAUCCCCUUUCCAAUUUUUUUUUUAAAUUUGGCAGGUUUGUUUGUGAUAACAAAAGGUAUCCUUUGACUGUAAUUAUGACUUGCUUAUUUUUAAAAAUAAAUCAAAGGUUUAAAAAAAUAGUGACUGUUUUUACCAAAAAAACCUGUAUAUUUUUCUAUUUUCUGACCACCCUGUACACACUAUUGCAAGUUUUAAUAGUUUAAUAGUAUUUUUUUAAGAAGUAGAAACUUUUAUAAAGAAUAACUUUUUUUCGUAAAAUUGAUAAUAAAAAAGUUCCCCAUAUGCUGCGAACUUAAUGUAUAUAAGUACAGGGUUAUUGGUUAUAAAUGUCACUCCCCUCUAUCUUUUUUAUUUGACAUUUUAGAAAAAAGUGUCCCAAAUAAAAAAUUUAUGGCUGAAAUUCAAUUUUUUGAAAAACUCACUUUUGCAUAUACAGGGUGUUUCAAAAAAGCUGGUCGGGCUCCAACUUUCUUAUUUUAAAUGAAUACCCUGUAUAUUAUUUCAAAUUCUGAGCAGAUUUCAUGUAUACCUAAGUUCAACUGUUAUGGAAAUAUUGACAGUUGAAAAUUUACAACUUUGACAAGCUGUAAAUCCUAAAAGGUUAAUUUUAGAGCAAAACCGAUCUCAUAUUUUUAUCUUAGAUUUUUAUAAACUAUCAGUUGACACCAAUAUUUGACAUCAACUUUGAAUUUAAUCCCUGACUGAAAAUUCCAAUUUAAUUUAAUCUUCGGUUAAAUUCAAAGUUGGUGUCAAAUGAUAACUUGUGAAAAUUUUAGAAAAAAAAGUAAGAUCGAUUCUGCUCAAAAGUUAACCGUUUAGGUUUUACAGCCUGUCAAAUUUGCAAAAAAGUCAAUUUUCAACUGUCAAUAUUUCCAAAACAGUUGAAAUUAGGUAUAGGGUAUAUCACAUGAUAUCUGUUUAGAAUUUGACGUAGAAUCCGAAUAUUGAAUAAUAUACAGGGUAUUCAAUUUAAAAUGAGAAAGUUGGAGCACGGCCAGCUUUUUUGAAACACCCUAUGUAUAUGCAAAAGUGAGUUUUUCAAAAAAUUUAAUUUCAACCAUAAAAUUUUUAUUUGGAACACUUUUUUCUAAAAUGUCAAAUAAAAAAGAUAGAGGGGGGUGACAUUUAUAACCAAUAACCCUGUACUGUAUAUUAUUCAAUAAGCGGAUAAUGAUGGCUAUGACUCACGAAGGAUGAAGUUUGCACUACGAGCCGCAGGCGAGUAGUGUAAUUAUCUGAGUACCCACGAGUAGAAUACUAUACUUUUUCUAUGAUUAAUAGGCACGAGUUAUGCGGUUUUUUAUUUAAUUUUCAUAACAAAAUUAAUUGACAAUUCUGACUGGUGGAGGACAAAGUGAGGUUAGGUUAGCACAAGUCUUGUUUAAAACACAUUGGUUGCCACGUCAUACCUAUAUGGGUGACGGUGAUGUUUGCCGGUAGGCCGCGUCAUACAUAUAUGGGCGACAUGGCCUGCAUGCAUAACUCCGCGCCCGGCAGCGUCAUACAAAUAUAGGCGACGAUCAGUAAAUUUUCAAUAGGGAUUCUAAAAGGUAGCCCCCUGAGAAACAUUGUGAUAUACUUGGUUUUAGGAAAUCUUUAAAUUUACAUAUUCUACGGACAUUGAAAGAAAAUAGAAGGGAAAAGUGGGAAAAAAAUUAAUUUUUAUUCAAAAACUGCCAAAUACCAUAAUUCUAAUAGCAAAACUUGAAGAUCUUUCAUGAACAUCAUCAAAAAAAAAUAAUAAUUAAAAGUGAAAAAAAAAUUUAAAAUUCUCUACAUUUUCUGCUUAUAAUCUGAAAAAAUGAACGACUUACAAACUGGCAGGCCACGUCACCCAUAUAAGGGUGACACGUCAAAAAUCUCUUUUGACAGUUGAAUCACACAAAAGAUAUCAAAAAACGUCUAAAGCUAAUGUAUUUUGAAAGUUAAACUCAAAAAAUCUGAAAAAAAAAAUGUGUCCCUCUGGGAAACAUACCCAAAAUGGCCGUGGCACUCAAUGUGUUAAAUCAGCUGUCAAAAUGACUGAUUGGAAGAUUGAAGUAUGUUGUUAACCUGUCGAAUUUUCUGAUUGGCUCUUAAAUAGUCGAGUAAUGAGACCAGGAUAUUUUCAUUGGUUGAAAACAAUUCAGUAAUGAAAAAAACUCACUGUAUGAGUAAUUAUUUACAUUGAUCAAUAAAAAUUGGAUGUACAGGGUGUUCCGAAAGAUGCACCAAAUUUUUGUGACAUAUUCUACGUCGAAAAUAAACCCUAGUUUCCUAUAUAAACAUAUGUCCGGAAACGCUUCCUUUCCGAGAUACAGGGUGUAAAAAUUAUAAGAAAAAAACUAUUUUUCUAUCAUAACUUUCAAACCACUCUAGAUAUUUCAUUGAAUUUUUGUAUACUGCUUUCAAGCAGCAGAAGACAUUUUUUGAUGUCAAAUAAUUUUUUUUAAAAAUUACCAGUGACGUCCGUAUCAGAUUUCUAUGGAAUAUUUUUCAAGAAAAAAAUGGUGCGCUACUGCUUUUUCCUAAAACAAAAAUCAUUUUUGAAAUCCCCAUUCAAUUUGGAACAAAUUUGAUCUCUACAUUUUUUUCUGAAAGAUGCACCGUUUUCAAGUAAAAAAAUCAAGAACCAUUUUGAUGCAUGGCAAAAUCGCCAAAAUUAUGAUUAAAAUGUUAAAAAUUAGACACAAGUUUCAAAUUAUUUCUGUGACGUCACUGGUAUUUUUUUUUUUUCAAAUAUUUCACAUCAAAAAAUGUCUUUUGCUGCUUGAAAGCAGUGUACAAAAUUUCAAUGAAAUAUCUAGAGUGGUUUUAAAAUUAUGAUAGAAAAAUAGUUUUUUUCUUAGAAUUUCAACACCCUGUAUCUCGGAAAGGAAGCAUUUCCGGACAUAUGUUUAUAUAGGAAACUAGGGCUUAUUUUCGACGUAGAAUAUGCCAUAUCUACAAAUUUGAUGCAUCAAUUUUGGAACACCCUGAAUAUUAUGCAUGAUAUUCAACACUUAUAGAAAAAAAGGUUUUGUCAAUUAAAUUGAGUUUUUGUGUCGAAUAGAAUAUCGCUUCAUAUUCUUAAAUGUCGAUACUCACCUAUGACACAUGUCAAAUUUCAGCCAUAUAUGCCAGCCAGUGUCAUAUAAUUGUAACCUAAAACUAAAUCACCCCAUAGAUUUAAUGUAUACGCAGUUUUCGAAAAUCUUUAUAAUUUGAACUUAAGGGAACUCUUGUGCAAGCUUAUUGGUAAUCGAAAGAAAUCAAGGGAAAUUAAAAGUCCAUAAUUUCCUGAUGGCAAAUAUAAUGUAAGAUUCAAAAAAGUUCAAUAUAAAACAUAUGAGUUUCAAUAUUGGCAAAAUUGAAGUUGAAAAUGAUCAAAUUUAUACACAUAGACAGUUUAAGUUGUAAGAGCUCUCGAGGGGAUCAAAGUCAUUCAUAUUUUUUUUUUCCCAAAAUUUCAAGCAAUGUGGCAAUAUUGCACAUUCAUUUUAUCGUGGGAGUUGUGAAAUUGUCUCUAGAUUUAGGGAAAUAAGAGCAAAUGAUGACUAAGAUUUAUUUCUUUUUCUCUAAGGGGCGAUUCAUACUAUACAUUAAAUAUUUUUACAUUGAAAGCAAUGAUUACACGUUGACGGAUUUCUUGAGUAAAAUACUUUGACGUAACAUUGGGCUUAAGCAAAUUUUACCCCUGAAACAAAAUCCUUGAAAACUUGAUACAAUUUCCAAACAAACAAGGACUACAUAAUAUUAAAUUGUCUAUUAUUAACACGAGCGUUUUUGUCUGCAGGAAAUAUUUUUUUUUCUAAGAAAAUAGUCUAUAGACGUUAUAACUUAGGUUAUUUAGUUUGGAGCGGCGCCUGUGCGGACAUAAAAUUUUUUGAGUUAUAAUUAACCAAAAAAAAAAACAAAAAUUAUGAUAAUAUAACCCGUGUGUGCGUUUUUCUUCUUUGUAAUUUUAAUAAUUUUUGAUUGUUUAUAUUUACUGUGAUUAAAUUAAUGGGGAAAGAAUUACUAUUUUUUUUUUUCGUUACAAAUCUUGUUAAUUUUAGGUUGUAAGGAUUUUUAUAUGGAACUGUUUUUAAUUUUACGUUUUUUUUUUUAACGAGGAGUGUCCAAUAAUGGUUUAGUUUUAGUUUGAUGAUGAUUUGGUGGAAUUAUUUGACGCUCCCGGUAGCGUUUUUUUAAAGAAAUUUUGUGAUGAAAUGACAUACGAAUGUGAUAUCAGUUUAUAAUUUUUUUGUAACCCUCCUUUUUCUCAGAUUUAUGAUUUUUCAAUGCAGAAUUUUUCUUUUGGUUUUAUUAUUUUUUUAACACACAAUAUCAUGGUAUGAUCAUUUCUGUUUCUCUUGUGUUUAUUUUGUUUCUCAAUUCAUUUGGGACAAAUAAUUGUAUAGUGUGAAAUUACUAUUAGCAGAUUUCAAUUUGAUUUCACACCCCCUUUUUUUAAAAAUUAUUGGCUAAUAAUUAGAUGUAAAUAUCCUUUCUUUUUAUAUAUAUUAUAUACGGUGUUAACAUAUGAAAAAUUUGCUUUUUUUUUUUUAGAUUACCACUUGUUGCUUUUCGCUUAAUUACUACUUUGUAGAUAAGGCAUCUUACUUUUUUUUUUUUUUUAGUUUCUCUAUAUUAUAAACUUUAUGUGUACAUACAUUAUCUAAGAUUUCAUUUUUUAGUUGUAGAAGGAAAGCAUUUAUUCAUUUACCAACAGGAAGGUGAUGUUGUGUUUGUUGACUUAUUGUUUUAGUUGAAUCCAAAAUUUUUUAGUCCAAGAGCUAGUGAUUGUUUUAUAAAUAUGAAGCAAAUAAAACCUUGGACUAUUUUAUUCACCUUCGAUUGGUCCAAUCAGUAUGGACAUAAAUGAGAUAAAAAUCUAGCUUAAUUGUGCCAUAUACACUGGCGUCAAAUUUCAUUAAAAAAAAUAUAUAACAAUUUGGCCUUGCAGCUUUGUUAAGGUGCCAACAACCCAAAUUGGAACCCAUUUGCUCAAUAAUUUUUUUUUUUAAAUAUAUACUACAGUAUAAUAUUAAGCCAACUACACUUUUUGUAUAUUAUAUUAAACAAUUUUUUGGCUUAGUUUAUAUACUUUGUGUAUGGUGUUAUUAUUUUCUUAUUAUAUUAUUAUAUUAAACUACUAUUAGUUUAUUAUUACUAUUAUUAUUAAGGCCGAUUUGUAGUAAGUGAGAGAGCAAAUAGGCGCUUGUGCAUCAACAUUGUUUUCUUCUUUUUUUUUAAAUUAUUAUUAUUAUUGAGUCUUCCCAAUAUGCACGAGCGUCCACUAUUUAUAACGUUUAAAAAAAAAAAUAUUAAAUUAAAAUUAACGGAGUCGUGAGAUAUAAAGAGAAUUGUUGUGUUCAUAAAAUUAAUAUUUUACAGUAUUUUAUACUUUUUUGAUAAAAUAUUAAAUUAUAAUAUAGAAAAAAUACAAACAAACAUAAACAAAAAAAAAAUAUAGGAAAAAAAUUAGAAACAAAACAAAAAAAAAAAAAUGUCAACCCCCAGAAAUGUGAUAUACAAAAAAAAAUAGUUUUUAAUAAGACGAAUAGUAGCAAUGAUAAUUUUUUUUUUCUUACAAUACAAUACCCACCCCCUUACCUACUCUUCCGCCACUUUUUUCAAUAGAAAAAUUACUGUACCUUGUACCUCGCUGAUAACCAAAAAAUUAAUACAAAAUAACAACAGGCUCGAACUGAGAUUGUUGCGCCCAAAAAACGAUGAUUGUUACGAACCCCGUCUUGUUAACAUACACAGGGCAAUUCUCUAUAUGCUUAGCGACAUUCUUAUAGGUGUCUAAUUUGUAAUCAUUAACUUUUUUUUCUCUAGCCUUUAAAUAACUUGUUAUUUUGUACUUAUUAAGAUAAUGUUGUAGUUAUCCCUUUAUUAUUAUUACAUAUUAUAUUUAAUCUAUAAUAACUUUUUCUUUUUUUGGAUUUUAGUUCCUAAGUUUUACAAAAUAAAAAGUUGCUUUGAAAUUUUUUGUGUUUUCUUUAAUAGUAGGGAAGCUAACCCGGAAUCCAGUAAAAGAAAGUUAUCAAAAUUUUCACUGAUGGAGUUCGACUUUGCGCUAUCCGGGUAUGCCAAACCCAACUGUCUAGUUUUCCAGUUAUUCAAGAAAAACAUGAAAAAAAAAACCUUCAAAAAUUCCCUACCACCUUAGCUUGCCCCCCACUCAUCAGGACUUUUACUAUGUUGUUCACUAAGGUUGUUCAGCAUACAUCUAUACCAAAAUUCGCUUCUAGACGAAUACUGAACUAUUUGUAAGAUUGCGAUGAGGAAGUUAAAAGAGCACGAAAAUUAGGGAUGUCAAAAAAAAAAAAAAAAACGUGAUAAUACACAAAAAUCGUGACCUCCUUGGCCCGAUGACAUAAAUCCCAAUUUUAACUGAUUAAUCAAACACGUAAUUUUGAUUCAAUUUUUUUGGAAAAAAAUUAUGAAUAAAUUAAGCUCUCAUUGAAACACAAUCAAAUGAUAAUUAUUAUAUUAAAGGCCUAAUUAGGUAUACUACCAGAAACUUGU